AUGACUCGUUCUCUGGAUGGCAAGCUCGGCAUCGUGACCGGUGCCUCUCGAGGCAUCGGCGUCGCCAUCGCCGAGCACCUCGCCGCAAAGGGCUGCAACCUCAUCCUGGGCUACACCUCACCAUCCUCCAAGUCCCCGGCCGAACAGCUCGCCACGGAACUCGGGAACAAGCACAACAUCCAGACGCUCGCAGUCCAGGCCGAUAUGGGCACGCCCGACGGGCCCAAGUCCCUCGUCACAACCGCAAAGUCCCACUUUGAAAAGCUCAACAACGGCAACAAGUUCCAGAUCGACAUCCUCAUCAACAACGCCGGCGUCGCCCAGAACAAUCUUCUCCCCGCCGUGACGAUCGACCAGUUCGACGUCUCCUACCGCGUCAACGUCCUCGGGCCCCUCCUCCUCACCCAGGCCGUCCACCCCUACCUCCCCACCGACAGGAGCGGCCGCAUCGUCAACAUGUCCUCUGUGAGCUCAUCAGCCGGCUUCCCCGAGCAGAGCGUCUACGGCGGCACAAAGGCCGCGCUCGAGGCCAUGACGCGCACCUGGGCCCGCGAGCUCAGCGAGAACGCCACCGUCAACGCGAUCAACCCCGGUCCCGUGCUGACCGAGAUGUACGCGGGCAACACGCCCGAGUUCAAGCGCUUCAUCAAGGGCUUCAUCGAGCACGCGCCGCUGAUGAGGGCCCGACAGGGCAUCGACUCGGACGAGCUCGUCAAGGCUGCCGAAGAGGAGGGUGGAAGGCCGGCGUACGUUGGGGAGAUUGCUGGUAUUGUGGGCAUGCUCGUCUCCGCGGACUCUGCGUGGUGCACGGGACAAGUUAUUUAUCCCCAAACCAUGUCUCUGGACCCGUUCGACGACGUCCUCACACUAGAGGACCAGUUCUUCUCAGAAGGCUUCCGCCAAGGGACCGAAGACGGCAUCCAGGCGGGCAAGAUCGAGGGCCGCUCCGUCGGCCUCGCCAAGGGCUACGAAAAGUUCUACGAGAGCGGCAGGAUACACGCCCGCGCAGUGGUAUGGGCAAACAGACUAUCCCUCCCCGAGAAGAGCACCGCUGCAAAGCCCCCCGGUUCUUCGGCCUCGGCCUCGGGCUCGGCCCAACAACCUCACCCGUCAUCAGAGCCAGAAUCACCACAACAAAAGACCUGCUCCCUACCGCCGCUGGCGCCCAACGCCAGGCUAGAAAAGAAUGUCACGACGGCUUUCGCGCUGGUCGAGCCGGACACGCUCUCCAAGGAAAACAGCGAUGAGGCCGUCAAUGACUUUGACGACAGGCUGAAAAGGGCGCAGGGAAAAGUCAAGCUCAUUGAGCGGGUGACGGGCGAAGUCGCUCUUACCCCGGAGACUGCUGAGCACAAGGCUCCAGAGGUGAAGGAGACUUGA